AUGAUCCCAACCAACAUAUUUCCACUUAUAAUUGCUUCCCUCUCGACCGCUGUGCAGGGGACAACCGUAAACGUUCAACACAGGGCACCGCCGGUUCCCACUCCUAGCUUUUUCGUGCCAGGCGUCAAGUGGCAAAUUGAAAUUGACACUGCCGUUGAUACAGAGGGCACAACACCAAUCGUUCCCCAGGACGCAAAAGUCUGGGAUGUCAAUCUUUACGAUGAGACUGACAAGGAUACUACUGAGAACCCGCCGGAUGAGAAUGGAAUUGCCAGAUUGAGAGCAGUACAGGAUGGAACAAUCUUUGUCAUUUGCUACUUCAACGCUGGUGGCGUCGAACCUGCAGACGAGGAGAACCCUUCCAGACUUCCCGACAGCGUCAUACUUGGGGAUAUUCCCCUCUGGCUGGGCGAGCACUACAUUGACAUUACCAGCGACAUUGUUCUCAACUUCUCCAAGGCCAUUAUUGACCGCGGUGUGGCCGGGGGCUGCGAUGCAUUUGACCCGGACAAUAUUGACGGGUACCAGGAGCCGACCUUGGUCCAGCGCAAGAGUGACGGCCACGUUCUCAACGAGACAGACUAUUACAACUAUGUCAAGGCCAUAUCGGAUUACGCUCACUCCAAGGACAAGCUCAUUGGCCAAAAGAAUGCCCCGGAACUGCUCGACCUUUCAACAUUUGACGGGACUAGUCGCGGACUGCUCAAGGACGGAAUCACCGACUUUGCCGUGACUGAGAGUUGCUCUGGCAAGAACGGCGAAGCACCGUGGUGUGAGCUCAUGUCCGUCUAUGUCGAAGCGAAUAAGCCCGUCUUGCAGAUCGAGUACCCCAGCGAGUGGGAUGGAACGUGCACUCCGACAGCACUUUCCAAUACGGCCAAUUAUUGCAAUUUAGAGGGCGCGAGCGGAUUUAGUACCAUAUUGAAGCUCGAUGGAGAUGACUGCGGCUUGGAUGGGUACACCCAGUACUGUGGUAUGACGCAGCUGGUGAUUACUCCUACAGAGUCUUGA